AUGGCAUGUCAUGCUGUCACACUUGGAGUCAUCACUUUAUUGGGACUUAUCAAACUCUCGGUAGCUAAUAAGAACACAUGUGACCUUUAUGCUGCAGUUGGGCAAAAUAUGCCAUUGGUCCACAAGGGACUAACAAAAACAGACGGGCUGAAAUGGACUCAUAAUGGCACAAUUAUUUUCUACAGACAGCAAGGCAAAGUGUCGGUUGGGAAACCAGAAGACAUCUCUGAGACUGGAUAUCUUUUGUUGAAGAACCUAAAAUUCUCAAGUGCUGGGAUAUAUGAAGCACAUGUGCUCCAUCCAAAUAAAACAUUGCAGAAUACGUGGACUGGUCGACUCUGUAUGAUGGACAUGGUAUCAAAACCUCAACUCAGUUAUGUCUGUGAUUUCAAGUCCAGUGCUGUUAAUCUGAAUUGCCAUGUGGCAAAACCGCAGGGUUUGGUGUUCUCAUGGACUCUCGAUGGAAAAACCUUAACAAGCGAAACAAAACAAACACUGAGCAUAUCACUGGCACAUUUGAAAGGGGACAAGACCUUUACAUGCAGUGUGGCAAACAAAGUCAGCAAGGAGCAGAGUGACCUUGUUCGUCCAACCUGUAAAACUCCAUCACAAUCACCUCCACCUUUGCUUUGUUUUACAUCCAAAACUGUUGUAGCAGUGCUAGCAGGAGGAUCAGGUCUUAUUCUGCUUUUGCUCAUCAUCAUCUUCAUAUUAUGUUGCUGCCACAGACGCAACAAAAUCAAGAUGAGACUCAGGGGUAAAGGAGAGCUCAGGAUGGUUUCGCUAAACAAGCGGGACCCUGACUCCAUCAGCCCAGACUACGAGACUAUGCACCCACCUGAGGACUCUCCUACUCCUCCCAGCCCCAGGCCUUCACCCAGGGUCUGUUACCAGAAUGUCUCUCAGCCUGAAGUUCAGACUGAAAACAGGCUUACACAGCUAUCCAUAGCUGCCGAAGAACAACAGCCUUCACCAGUGCCAAAGCCGAGGACGAAGGGCCCCCAGACACCAAACGUCUGAGUCUGCCUUCAGCUUGAGGUCUAACCUGCUGAGCUCUCACUGGAAUAUGCUGAUUUUGUUGAAGUACAAAUCUUGUUUACCAAAGAUGUUUAACAAAUGUUUCAGGAACUAAGACAACGCUUUGUUUUUAGUUUUAUGACCACACAACUGAAACAAAAUGAAAAAAAAUCGUACAAAAAAAGUCUUAUUUUUAUAACCCUCCAUAUUGUUUUUCACGUCAUCAAUAACAUUUAUAGACGCAGUAUAUUGACAAUGGAGCUGUCUGUGUCAAGGAUUAUUGGGUUUAAUCAUGUAAGGAAGGAUAAUUUGGGGCAGAAUCAUCUGUUUAUUCCUAGUACAUUUAAAUGUGAUUUCAUGUGAAAAGUUUUGUUUUGAAAGAUUGGUUACCUGAUCCCUGCUACACAUUCUGAUACAUGAACCAUGCAAGCUGAAUUGCAUUAAAGAGGCAUCUUUCUCUUUUUUAUGUUUGUUGAUGAUGUUAUCUGUUUUAUUAUACAUUCUUUAACCGCAGAGCAAUGUACCUGUAACUUAAUGUAUUGGAAUAAAACAAUGUUUAGUCAAAAAAAUAUGUAAAAUAGUUAUGACAGCUUAGAGUUUGCAUAUGUAAUAUUGAUUGUUAUGGUAUAUGGUAUAUAUGGUACUACUGUAUCACAACAUAGAUCUGAUCUAAUUCCUCAUGUCGAUUUUGAUCAAUGCAAGAACAGUUCAGUUUGCAGUUACUCUAAAAAGAUUUCUGCACUAUAAUCAUACUGUUUGUUUAUGUACAUGUUGUUUGAAAUAAAUAGUUGU